GCGCCUUGCAUUGGUCGUUCAACAUCACCACCCUUCGCAACAAUGGAUUCCGCCCCGACAAAACGGCGAAAGCUCGACCAUACGCAAGAUGGCGCAGAGCUGGCCCUGGAAUCGGCCGCUUCAACGGGCGUUUCUAGGUUUAGGGCAUUUAUUCUCCAGGCCGAGGAGCUGCUAAACUCGGUGCGCCUGGAUCACGGAACUGCUCUGGAGGGCGCCGACGGUCUUUUACAUCGGAUCAAAGGUGUAAUUGAAGGAAUCAAGGCCCAUGAUGCAAUCCCGCUCGUUCAAGCCGCAUCCAAACUCGAAAAGAAACACAAGAUCAAAGUUCCCUUCCCCGAUCCGCGGCCCCAAGAGAACUCCAACUACAAGGUCGCCUUCGCAAAACCCGCCCAGUUCAACGUCGUCGGCAGCUAUGUCUCCAAGACCAUGGUCAAGACGCAAAAGGAUCACGCUGUCGACAUGGUCAUCGUCCUACCCGAGGAAAUCUUGCAGGAGAAGGAUUAUCUCGACCUGCGCUACUUUUACAAGAGGGCAUAUUACCUAGCCGUCGUCGCCGCCGCCGUGAGGAAAGAAUUCGAAAGUGGGGCCCGGCUAUCCUACGAGCACCUCAACGGCAACCCCCUCUGUCCCGUCCUCGUGAUCCAGCCGAAUGCUUCCGAAGCGAAGGGAUCAGAAAAGUCGGAGAAUAAGGGAGCUCUGGACUUCAGGAUACGGAUUCUUCCAUGCGCACCCGACGGCUUCUUUCCGAAGGCAAAGCUCCAUCUAGGAGCCAAUCUGCUCCGCAAGAGCCGCGAUGAUGACUCGAACCUCUUUUCCGAGCCCACGUCAUUUUAUAACUCGACAAUCGUUGCGGAGAGCUGCUACUUGCCGUACCUCAAGCUCUUGCGGCAAGCCGAAAAGAGAUGCGCGGCCUUCAAGAACACCUGCAUCCUUGGUCGCAUCUGGUUGCAACAGAGAGGUUUUGGAGGGGAUAUUUCACAAGGAGGAUUCGGCCAUUUUGAGUGGGCGGUACUUCUAGCUCUCCUCCUCCAAGGGGGCGAGAGCAAAGGGCACGCCGCUCUACCUUCAUCCCUCAGCAGCACCCAGCUCUUCAAGGCCUUGGUCCAAUUCCUCUCGGUGACUAACUUCGCAGAGAAGCCUUGCGUAUUCGGCCAGGGGAACCCGGAUUUGGAAUCCAAUAUCGAAACCACCCCCAUCCUUUACGAUUCCGCAAGACAACUGAAUCUCGCUUUCAAGAUGGGACCUUGGUCCGCCGCGCUGCUCCAUCGGCACGCCAAAUGGACCCGAAGCCUACUCGCCGAUAGCACUGCUGAUCAGUUCAGCCCGACCUUCAUUCUCAAGACAGAUGUCUCUUUGCACAGCUUCGACUUGAUCACGCGGCUAAAUAUCGAUGGGGCACUGGAGGAGACGGGUGCAGACCCCCGGGGACCAACAUGGCAGGCCAGCAGCAAAGUUUAUCAGACUCUAAAAAGGGCGCUCGUGGACAAGGAGAUGGGGGAAAGAGCCCGCUUGGUUCACAUUCGGACUCCAGCUCACCAACCAUGGCCUCUGGCGGCGGAACCCAAGGCCCGGGGCGAAUUACCGUUGGAGGUCGGCAUUCUUUUUGAUCCCGUCAAUAUGGCACGAACGGUCGACCGCGGCCCGUCUGCCGGACCAAGCGCCGAAGAAAAAGAAGAGUGCGAAGAAUUCCGGAAGUUCUGGGGCGAAAAGUCGGAACUUAGACGCUUCGAACGCGACACUAUCCGAGAGACGCUGAUUUGGGCCUCAGCAACGCCUUUUGAUCUCUGUGAGGAGAUCAUACGAUACGUUCUCGGCCGUCACCUUCGCAUUGGACAGCUUCACAACGAGAUCACCGUUUAUGGCGACGGGUUGCCCGACCUGCUCUCCCUGAAACCCGCCGACUCUGCGUUGUUCAACGUGGCCAAGAAGGCGUUCGGUGUCUUCGAGCGCGAUAUUCGGGACCUGGAGGAUCUACCCCUCCGUGUCAGGCAGAUAGCGCCCAUAUGCCCAGAACUUCGCCAGGCAUCGGUCAAGCCUCCGACCUUCGGAUCAUCAAAGUCAGGCCCCCGGCCGCUGGAGUGCGUUAUUUCAUUCGAGGCGUCUGGCAAAUGGCCGGAAAGCCUUGCCGCUAUCCAGAGGACCAAGAUCGCUUUCCUCCUGAUGAUUGGCAGUCUUUUGGAAAACAGCAAGCCCGGUGAAAUCAAGACACAUGUUGGACUCGAAGACGCCAAAUAUGAAACCGAGAAUCUCGCCUUCCUUGACGUUAUCUACGAGUCCGGCCCGUCAUUCCGUUUGCGGAUACACAGCGAUUUAGAGGAGACACUGCUGGAACGUCAAGUCAAGGAUAAGACUGCAGAGCAGUACCUCCGGCAACGGGCCACGACCCUCCUCGCGACGUUCAGGCGGCAAUACACCAACCUACCACUGCACAACCAAUGCAUCUCCACCUGCGCCACACGCUUUCCGGCCCUGUCCCCGACGAUCCGUCUCGUAAAGCACUGGUUCAACGCUCACAAGUUGUCGUAUCACUUCACCGAGGAGUUUAUCGAACUAGCGGCCCUCCACGUCUUCCUCACACCAUACCCCUGGGACGCCCCCACCAGCGCCAGCGCCGGCUUCAUGCGCACGCUAUUAUUCCUCUCCCACUGGGACUGGCGUUCCGAGCCCCUCGUUCUCGACACGAGCGCCGAGAUGCCAGCCGCAGACCGGACCUCGAUCGCCACCCGCCUCGAGGCCUGGCGCAAGAUCGACCCCAACAUGAACCACACCGUCCUCUUCGUCGCCACGGCCCAGGAGCCCAGCGGCGUCGCCUGGACGACGGUCGACGGUCAAGCAAAGCCCUCCAAGGUGGUCGCGGCCCGCAUGACGUCCCUCGCAAAGAGCGCGUCCCGCCUCGUCAGGGAGCAGGGCGUGGAGCUCGACUGCCGCCGGCUAUUCGUGCCGUCGCUCAAGGAGUACGACGUGCUCAUCCACCUGAGCAGCAAGGCCCUGAAGGGCACGCUGAAAACCUACUCGACGAUCGACCCCGAAGAGGACGGGGACGUGAGCCGGCCCAAGUUCAAGAACCUCGACGAGCGGACCGGCCAGCAGCCGCUGCCCCUGGCGCAGCACCCCGCCGAGCUGUUCCUGGAGCAGCUGAGCGCGGCGUAUGGCGGGCCGCUGGUUUUCUUCCGUGGCGGGGUGGAGGACAACACCAUCGGGGCGAUCUGGAACCCCCAGAUGCAGAAGCGGACUUUUAGGGUUAAUUUGCCGACUUCGUACAAGCCCGCUGGUGGGAAGAAGCGGGCGAAGGGGGGUGAAGAUGAGGACGAGGACGGCGAGAAGGCGGAGCUGGUGGAUGCCAACAAGGACGCGAUUUUGUCCGAGAUUGCGAGGAUAGGAGCGGAUUUGGUUGAACGGAUCGAGGUGAAAGGUGCAUAAGUGGUUGUUGUCUGAAGCAAGUGUACAUGGAAAUUCAAAUGAUUACGACCAGAUACUGUCAUGAUUAAUGACCUCGCUGAGA